AUGAUUAAAUUAAAGAGGGAGUAUUUUAGAAAUUCAAUUCAAAAAUAGGCCAGAGAAGAUAUUUUCAAAAAGAAAAGAAUUGUUACAAAUAACAAUCCCCAUUAUGAAAGCAAUCCAGUAAAUGAGAGUAUAAUAUUUAUUUUUGAAUUGAAGAGUUGAAUGAAUUAUUUGAAUCCGAAUUGACAAUAUUUGAUAUAGCCCAAAAGUUAGAAUAAUUAUAUGAGGAAUACAAAUUAUUUCCUGAACGAAAUAACUUGGUAACAUUUACAAAAACUAAAUUUAGGUUCUUUCUUAAAUCAAAAUAUUAAGUAUGAAAGUGGCUACAAUGAAGAUACAGGAACACAUAAAUAAUUUCUACAAUUCCAUCAAAAGUAAGCAAUCUAUCUAAGUAAGACAACAUUUUGGUUGAAUUGAUUAAAUAUUGUUCCCCAAAUUAUGCAGAUGAUGUCAAUACUGUUGAACUAACAAACAAUAGUUUAUGGAUUUUAAUCAAUUUAACAUUAGCAGAUGGUUGUGUUGAUUAUUUAUUGGAUUAUGGGAAUGGUAAUUUCUUUGAAUAAAUCAACUUUCUCAUUAAAUCAAAAUAUGAAGUCAUUGUACAUAGAGUUUUUGAAUUGAUAUUUAACAUGACAGUUGAAGAAUAAGCUUGUGAUCGAAUUCUUCUUGAUACCAAAUUUGAUGAAGCAUUCCUCCAUCGAUUGAAAAGACAAAAUUCAGAGAUGAUCAUGAAUCUUGCAGCCUCGAUUAUUAAAAACUUUUGUAAUAAUUUUAGAAAUGAACAUAUGCCAAAAAUCUUAGAUUUUAUAUUUUAUUGCAUUAGAUUUGAAAGUGUAAAUGGAUUAAGUUUCAUUAUUACUGAAGAAUAUUGUGCUUAAUUCCUAAUACUUUACAGAGGUCUUUGUAUCAAAUUAUUUACUCAUCCAAAUCAUUCUAUUAAUUUCAUCAACUAUUUAUCAGCACAUUCAUCAAAUGAAGUUCUUGAUGUAAUUAACAUGAAUUAUGAUAGUUAUUGCUUGAAUAUCCAGUUGUGGAUGAAUUAAUGAGAAUUAAGAAUUCUAAUCAUUAGGUGAAAGUCUAUUCUACUUUCUCAAAUUUAGCAACACAUUAACCUUUUCAUAAUGAAUUGAGAAUACUGUUUUAAGGGAUAUAUGAAUAGUAUGAGAAAUCAGAUCUGAAAAUGAAAUUGGAAUUAGGAUAUUUUGUUUCUACUUAUAUUAUUAAUUGUGAUCCUACAUUUUAUGGAGAUCUAAUUAAUAAUGGAGUGAUAAAUCUAUUAGUAGACUUCUUUAGAGAGAUUUAUGAUCCAAAAGCAAUCUAUUUGGCAUUGUAAGCUAUGCUUAACCUCUUCAUUAAUGAGAAUUCCAAAUAAAUAUUUGAGUAACUUGGGGGUUUCAAACAUUUAGAAAAACUCAAAUAAAAUGAUAACAUAAUUGAAUUGGCAUCUAGAUUAAAUUGA